UAACUGUAGUAAAGAGAGAAAAAAUUCUGGUUAUGCCACAGCCUUCCCUAAAUAAGGUGGUGAGGGAACUAGCCUAAGAGGCAAGCGGAAGGUGGUUCACAUAUGAUGGGAACUCUCGGGUUUGCUUUGGCCGCCAGGUGCGGUAAGUACGGCCGGAGUCCACGAGCGGACCCAUGGCCUCCCAGAACUACAAUUCCCAGAAUGCCACGGUGCCGACUCCUCAGGGGAUUCAGUCUUGGGACUCCUGGCACUACAGGUUCGGCUACUGGGCGAAACCGGAGCCUCUGUGCUCAUGGCUUCCCCAAGCAAGGCAGUUAUUGUUCCUGGGAACGGAGGCGGUGAUGUGGCCACCCACGGCUGGUACGGCUGGGUGAAGAAGGAGCUGGAGCAGAUACCUGGUUUCCAGUGUUUGGCUAAAAACAUGCCUGACCCAAUUACAGCUCGAGAGAGCAUCUGGCUGCCCUUCAUGGAGGCGGAGCUGCACUGUGAUGAGAAGACCAUCAUCAUAGGACACAGUUCUGGGGCCAUUGCAGCCAUGAGGUAUGCAGAAACACACCGAGUAUAUGCUAUUGUGUUAGUGUCUGCAUACACCUCCGACUUGGGGGAUGAAAACGAGCGGGCCAGUGGAUACUUCAACCGUCCCUGGCAAUGGGAGAAGAUCAAAGCCAACUGCCCUCACAUUGUACAGUUUGGUUCCACUGAUGAUCCUUUCCUUCCCUGGAAGGAACAACAGGAAGUGGCUGAUAGGCUGGAAGCCAAAUUGUACAAAUUCACUGACCGUGGCCACUUUCAGAAUGUGGAGUUUCAUGAACUGAUUAGUGUGGUAAAGUCUAUGCUGAAAGUACCAGCAUAGACAGGAUGGUUUCUGCUAUUUUGCAUUCCAAUAUACAGACAGAGCAAUUAUCAGGUUAUUAUAUUAUCAGGUUAUUAAUAGAUAAAAAUCAUCUGUGACCAGAUGAUUAGUGGACACAUAAAUCAAAUUAAGUUCUAAAAAAA